AUGUCGAACUACCCAGCCAUCCUUCUCCGUGCCGAGGAGAAGCCCCUCGAGCACCGAUCCUUCUCCCCCGCCGUCAUCAAGACUCUCGUGGAUGCCGGUUAUCCAAUCACGGUCGAGCGAUCCUCCACGGAUCCCAACUUUAAGCGAAUCUUCGAAGACUCCGAGUAUGAGGCUGCUGGUGCCUCUCUCAUCCCUGCCGGCUCGUGGCCCACUGCUCCUGCUGGAACUCUGAUCCUUGGCCUCAAGGAGAUUCCUGAGGAGGAUUUCCCUCUCAAGAACGACCACAUUAACCAAGGAGGAUGGGACAAGGUCUUGAGCCGAUUCCCUCGCGGUGGCUCUGUCCUCUACGAUCUGGAAUUCCUCGUGGACAGUGAAGGUCGAAGAGUGAGCGCAUUCGGUUUCCACGCCGGAUUCACGGGCGCCGCUUUGGGUCUUAAGAGCCUAAGCUGGCAACUCGCUCACCCUGGCGAGAAGCUUCCCUCCGUGGGCACUUUCACUGACGGCCGUGGAUACUACCUCAACGAGGAGGAGCUCGUGAACCAGAUCCGAGAGGACCUCGCAUCUGCAGAGAAGGCCUUGGGCCGCAAGCCUACUGCCAUGGUUCUUGGUGCGCUUGGCCGAUGUGGUAGAGGUGCUGUUGACCUGUUUCUCAAGGCUGGAAUCCCUGAGGAGAACAUUACCCGUUGGGAUAUCCAGGAGACUCAGGCACGAGAGGGUCCUUAUGAGGAGAUCGCUCAGCACGACAUCUUCCUCAACGCUAUCUACCUCUCCAAGCCCAUCCCUCCCUUCGUCAACGAUGAUCUCCUCUCUCAGCCUGGUCGCAAGCUGAGCGUCGUCAUCGACGUCUCCUGCGACACCACCAACCCCCACAACCCCAUCCCCAUCUACUCCAUCAACACCACCUUUGACGACCCCACCGUCCCCGUCACCGUCAAGGACGACCAGAACACCGCCCCUCUGUCCGUCAUCAGCAUCGACCAUCUCCCCUCGAUGCUUCCCCGCGAGGCCAGCGAGGCCUUUAGCGAGGGUCUCAAGGAGUCUCUUCUGACUCUUAACGAGCGCAAGACCUCCCGCGUGUGGGCUGACGCUGAGAAGCUCUUCAACGAGAAGGUCGCUCUCCUCCCCGAGGAGCUUCGAACCAAGGAGGUUUAG